UCCCGCCCCCCUCCCCGCGACCCAGGAGCUGAUCGUGCCGCAGCAGCGCGGUCCGGAAGGUCACAGCGGCUCUCACUCCACGAGUAUAUAAGGACCUCGGAGAGCGACGGGGACUCAGCGGAGGCGCGGAGGAACACCGAGGGCAAAGAGAAGGAACCGAGCGAGGCCGCGAGCAUCCUGUCUCCCGGGAAAGCGGCCUCCACACGACAGGGGUCCCGCCAAUCUUGUUUGCCUCGGCAGAGCCUCGGGCUGCCUGGGAGAUGCCGAGAGCGGGCUCCAGCUGCUCAGGGGCCCUGCUGCUGGCCUUGCUGGUGCAGGCCUCCACGGAGGUGCGUGGCUGGUGCCUGGAGGGUGGCCGGUGUCGGGACCUCACCACGGACAGCAACCUGCUGGAGUGCCUUCGCGCCUGCAAGCCCGACCUGUCUGCCGAGAUGCCCGUGUUCCCGGGCAACGGCGACGAGCAGCCGCUCACCGAGAACCCCCGCAAGUAUGUCAUGGGCCACUUCCGCUGGGACCGCUUCGGCCGCCACAAUGGCAGCAGCAGCGGCGGCGCGGGGGUCGCGGGGCAAAAGCGCGAGGAGGAGGAGGAGCGGGUGGCGGCGGCCGGGGGUCCGCGCGCGGGCAAGCGCUCCUACUCCAUGGAGCACUUCCGCUGGGGCAAGCCCGUGGGCAAGAAGCGGCGCCCGGUGAAGGUGUACCCCAACGGCGCGGAGGACGAGUCGGCCGAGGCUUUCCCCGUGGAGUUCAAGCGCGAGCUGGCCGGGGCUCGCUCCGGCCCCGGGGGCGCGGCCGAAGACCUGGAGUACGGCCUGGCGGCACCGAGCGACAAGAAGAACGACGGGCCCUACCGCAUGGAGCACUUUCGCUGGGGCAGCCCGCCCAAGGACAAGCGCUACGGCGGCUUCAUGACGUCCGACAAGGGUCAGACGCCGCUGGUGACGCUCUUCAGGAACGCCAUCGUCAAGGGCGCGCACAGGAAGGGCCCGUGAGCGCCGCGCGGGGCGGCCUCUUCACGCCUGCUGUAGUUAGGAAAUAAAACCU